CAGGCAGGUGAGGGAGCAGAGGAUCAGGCUGCGGGGUCACUGCACCUCUCAGCUCUCAGGCAGGACGGCUCCGCAGGACAGAAGGACAGACGUGUGUUUGGUCGGUUAGAAAGUGUCGAGCGUGAUGACAGAACAGUGUGUGAACCAGCAGUCAUCGCAGGAAGACACCAGGAAGUGUAACAGAGGAACUGCAAAGCAUGAGGACAGAGAUUAUCAUUCAGAUCUAGAGAACAUGGAGGAGCGGCAGAGGUAUGAGAGGAUGGUGGGUGAACCUCUGCAGGCCGUUGAUCCGGAGCUGUCAGGCCGGAGGAAGCCAGCAUUAGUCAGAUCAAAGACCUUCGAUCACUCUCUGCUGACUCAGGUCCAGACCGAUGCAGACUCCAAGAUAGAGAGGAAGAAGUCUCACUACAGCCAGCUUUCGAAGAGCAACUGCCAGUACCAUAAAAUAUUUAAGGAGAUCAGCAAAGAGGAACAGCUCAGACAGAGUUACACCUGUGCUCUGCAGAAAGACAUCCUCUACCAGGGACGGAUGUUUGUCUCUGACCACUGGAUCUGCUUCCACUCCAAGGUGUUUGGCAAAGACACGAAGAUUGCCAUCCCAGUGAUGUCUGUCACACACAUCAAGAAGACCAAAACUGCCAUCCUGCUGCCAAAUGCUCUGGUGAUCGCCACCGCUAACGACAGGUACGUCUUCGUGUCCUUUCUGUCCAGAGACAACACCUACAAGUUCUUGAUGUCCAUCUGUCUUCAUCUGGAGGAGAAGAGCCCAUGCAGCAGCCCCGUCCCCUCCUCAGCUGAGAACAGCUUCAGAAGUCAGAGGUCACCUCUGUCGCCUCGCUUUCCUCUGAAUUUUCCAGGUGUUUUCUGUGACCUGGACGGAGCAGUGAGGCAGAGGAGGCAGGAGAUGGAGGAGAGCAGCAGCUCCGACUCCCAGACCCCCGACUACGACAAGAUAGCAGAGUUCCCCGUUCCUCAGUUUCUGGAUGUGUUGAAGCACACAGACGGUGCAGCUCCUCCUGAACAUCCAGACCAUCAACAACACAAAGUCAAGAACCAGCAUCAGAACCAGCAUCAGAACCAGCAGAGCUCAGACAACAAGCAGCACGACACACACUGCACCGGUUCACAGAUGGUGAUCGACAGCAGAACUCUGAAACCAGUCUCUCUCAACACUCUGCUGUUUGUCUACCUGUUUCUGGUGUGUGUCCUGGUCUUGUCUUCCUGUUACCUGGCCUUUAAGAUCGUCUCAUUGGAGCAGAGACUGACGACGCUCGGCUCCAUCACGGAGUUCACCCACCAGGAAAAUGACUUUCUGCGAGGGAGUGACGUGAACACGGAGAUUUUCUCUGAACUACUGACCAUCAACCUGAUGAAGCUGGAGAAGGUGCAGAAGAACCUGCAGAGACUGCUGGACGAAGCUGCCUGAAUGUACUGGAAACCAGUAUAUGAUAUAACACUUCUGUAAAUAUACUGUAAAUAUGUAGUUUAAACGCGGUAGAUGUUUUAAACUGACAUCACUGAGAUGUAUUAAUGCUUUAAUAUGAAGAGCUUGAAAAAACAAUCUAGUGUCACUCUGAAGACAUGUAAUAUCGGCUCUUGGUCAUUGACUUCCAGCAUCAGACAUCGACGAAAAAAGCAGUAUGGUUGUGUCAGCGCGAUACGUGACUGGCCACUGUUAUUCUGUAAUGGCGGCCAGCAGUGUCAGGGGGAACGUGGCUGGACAACAUAAGUUAAUGAGGCAAAAGUCCAAGUUGGGUGGACGAAAGAGGGUGGGAUGGGUCCAACAACCACAGACUUUCACCCAGGAGGCCGGUGUUUGAAAGCCAAACCCUGUUCUUUUUUCCUGAACCCAACCACGUGUGUUUGUCGUUGAAGGAAAAAAACAUCAAUUUGCCGUGUUGUACCGAUGUAGUGCUUUUAUUUUGAAAGAGACUCUAUGUAAACUGUACAUUUCCUGUGAAAACAGAAGUGUAUUUUGAAAACAGACAAUGCAUGUAACAGGCUGAAGUUGACACGGCGUCCCAGAACGUCAACAACCAACACACCCAGGGUACCUUGGACGUCGUAUGUUGACGUGGAAAGUCCAUGACCAAACGUGGACAUGUGACGAGGUCGCAGUGAGAAUGUGUUGUAAAAUGAUGAUACGCACACUUUAGAUACUGCUAAAGAGUGUUUCUCUUCCCUCCGUGGUGACGAGUCUGUUUCACCUGCAAUCACGCCCAGCUGUGAUGUCACAGUGCACUGACACACCUGGAGUACACUGUGACAUCACUGCAGCAAGGUGAAAGUUAAAACCACGGGAGAUCAGCUGAAACAAAAACCAGCUGUGAUUACAGAUCAAACUGUGAUUAAGGUUUCAUCGGCUGAAAGCUGAUUCAGCAGUAUUAUAACAGUACUGCGUCUGCUUGAUGUAAAUGUAGUACAAACAGCAGUAUUUUAAUUAUUUUAUAUUUCGGCUGAUUGUUUUAGAAGGCGGUAACUUUUUUAUUUUUCUGUCUGUGCAACAAAUCAGCUCAUGUUGCUGUAUUUACUUUAAAGUUUUUUGACCUCGACUGUUGUGUGGUCACAGUGAACUCACCUCUGUUUACAGUGUCUGAAGGGAUCAAGGUCGUGUUCUCAGAGCUGGAUUUAUCUUCCAACUUUUGUUCAGCUUCAUGGUUGACACAUUUCUGUCUACAUGAUGGGAUUCAGGACUGAAAACCAGCUCUGACCUUUGACCCACUUCACAACCCCGACUGGGUUUAACUCAUGUUUACCUCACGCUGCCUUAAAGCUGCACUUGAGCCUCUCUUCACUUCUUGCAUUUUACAAACUGUAACAUUUCAGAUGUUUGCCAUUAAAGAGCA